AAUGCGUAAAAGAGACAGAAAAGAGAGGCCUCCCCAGAGGCAUGGAAUGGCUAAAAAGCGUGGUUGGUGCUUUUACACAGACAGAGAAGCAACACACGCAGCGCGAGAGUGGUGGCAUUACAGCAAGCAGGCGCAACACCAGCAUCCCACGGCGCCGCGCUGGACCACUCCGUCAGUGGCUGCUGUGUCCGCGUCGACGCCAGACGUUCAUCCCGCAUUUAUAGCAAUGUCAACAAAUUCGACAAACUCGACCGUGAACCUCGGCGCCGACUUCGAGACGGAUCUCAUCGUGCCGCUGUACGCCAUCAUCUUCAUCCUCUCCAUCCUCGGAAACUCGCUUGUCGUCAUCACUCUGAUGCAGAACCGCCGCAUGAGGACAGUCACGAACGUGUUCCUGCUCAAUUUGGCGAUUGCUGAUCUGCUGCUCGGGGUGUUCUGCAUGCCGUUUACCUUGGUCGGACAGUUGCUGAGCAACUUCAUUUUUGGAUACGCAAUGUGUAAGGUCAUCCCCUACUUCCAAGCCGUGUCGGUUUUUGUGACAGUUUGGACACUCGUGGCGAUAUCUAUGGAGCGCUACUUCGCCAUUUGUCGACCACUUCAAUCACGUCAGUGGCAAACGAGAUUUCAUGCAUACAAAGUUAUCGGCUACGUGUGGUUGGCUGCUUUCGUACUGAACCUGCCCAUUCUCGUCAUGUCGCAGCUGAAACCCACCAAGGACAAAGGGCAUCAAAAGUGUCGCGAGGAAUGGCCGAGCAAGUUGUCCGAGCAAAUCUUCAACCUGUCGUUGGAAAUGCUGCUGCUGCUGGUGCCGCUGACCGUGAUGGGCGUCGCCUACGCGCUGAUCGUCACCAAGCUGUGGAAGGGCCUGCGCCGCGAGAUCAAGCACAGCAACAAUCGCAACAAUCCCGCAGGCAAGUGCCUAAAUGUGAUGUGGCCGCAAAGCAGCUUAAAAAGUGAGCUAGACGUGCUCAAAUUUAUCGACGCACUUUUGUUUCCCUGCGUGAGACAGGGCGAUGAGAGCGUGGCGCUGCGGCCGCUGGAGGCGUCGAACAAGCCGAGCCAGGUUCAGGUGCGGCAGCAUGCGACCAUCUGUUCUGCUUACGCGGAACGCAGCAUGGACGCCAAGCGCAAGGUGAUCCGCAUGCUGUUCGUGCUGGUGGUCGAGUUUUUCGUGUGCUGGACGCCACUGCACGUGCUCAACACGUGGUACCUGCUAUGCCCUAAACACUUGUACAGGGCGAUCGGCAAAAAGGAGGUGUUACUGGUGCAGCUGCUCGCCUACACCAGCUCGUGCUGCAACCCCAUCACCUACUGCUUCAUGAACAAGAAGUUCCGGCAGGCGUUCGUCGACGUCUUCGACUGUUGCAAGGGCGCCGCUGUCACCCUCGCGGCCACCAGGGGCACCUCGGCCAACGACAGCGUCAUCUUCGAGGUGCGACCCACCACCACUGCCAAGUCGCUGGCGGCGCUGGAGAUGGAGGAUUGUGUUUAGCAGCGGCUUCACCAGCCUCAACAGCUACGACGAGCGUCCUCCUGGGCAGCCGCUGGUGAUCGAGGGAGAGGCGAACGCCUCUUUCCGCGUCAGGGUUUUGUGGCAAAACAAAAGCAGAGACUGCGAAGUAACCGACAGACGCAAGAGGAUUUGUGAUUUGUACUCAUGACUUUUGUCUCCGAAUCGAUUAUCACCUUCACAGCGUUGAUUGUGCCACCCAACUAGACGAGCUGUCGCUCUCACGAAUGAAAAGAAUGGCAAGACAAAUGUCACCGCCAGCACUAGUGUUUGAAGAGAAGGAAAUUAUUCAUGGAUAAAAGUCAGCCCUACUUGCCAAACUUUCACAAAUCUUUAAAGUGCCUUUAAAAAAAUAGUUAUUUGAUAAUUGUGAGCGAACAGUCUGAAAUUGAAGGUUAAAGGGUUUUUUAAUCGGAGCAGGUGUUCCCCGAGCAAAAUGUGAAAAAGCGGAAACGCAUUUUCAUUAAAUAUUCGGCACCAUUUGCAUAUCAAAUGUUGUGAAUCAGCGUUUUAAGGCUGCGCAGUCGUUAAACAUGCGUAAAUGGAUGCCAUAAAGUGUGCCCACGCAUAUAUGCAUGCAACGUUUUAUAAAAAUACACCUUCAAUUUGCGUUCAGAAAUUAUUAGUUUAGAUGCUGUGCGCAGUAUACGGAAUAAAUUUGUUGGAUUUCUCCAUGUUUUUUCAAUUAUUUUUUCCCAGCCAGAAGAGGAAAGUCUCAUACUAUGAUAUUGUUAAUUAUUAUGCAAGUUCUAUAUUACCUCGAGUUUUCCUCUUUGAGUUGUCCUCGUUUUCCUUAUUUAACAAAAACAAAACUACAUGUUAUCAUUUACUUAUGAGAGGAAAUUAAUGUUUUUUUGCCUAUAAAGGAAAACAUUUUGCCUUUGAUCCUCAAAGGCAUUAAAUAAAUUAAACUUCCUCUUUUAUCAAGUUGGCCACGACCAUUGUUCCUUUCACAUGUUCAGUUAAUUAAUAAAAGUGUUGAAAAUAUCUAAACGAUCUUGACGUCCAAUGAAAUAAACAAACACUCUGCAUGGAAUCAACGUUUGAACGGAAGUGUUAAAUGUAAAAUGUUGAUGUGAAAUUCAAAAUCAAAUAAUAUCCUUUACAAUGAAAAAAAAACAUCAAACAUCACACGUUGGGAGCACAGAAUUAUCGCGCAAGCAUUUAAUUUAUCGGACAGGUAUAGCUAGAGGAAAACUCUGAUAGCAAAAUGUUUGUACUCAACUUCUUUUAUGUAUGAAUAUAUUUCAGUGUUUAAAAAAUGUUGCUCACUCUCUAAAUGUAUUCGAGCCAAGUUGUGUUCGUGAAAGCACAAAAUAAAUUUCUGUCUUGUUUCCUA